AUGGCUAGUCACUCUAACGUCGGUGCUGCGCGCCAGCACAGCCGCAUCCUCUUUGUCAAGAACCUCAACUACAGCACCACCGGUGCCGACCUGUACCAGGUGUUUGGCCGCUACGGUGCCAUCCGUCAGAUUCGACUUGGAGAUGCAACGGGGACGAAAGGGACGGCGUACGUAGUCUACGAGGAGAUGGCCGAUGCCAAGCGCGCGCUCGACAAUCUGAAUGGCUUUCACCUCAACGAGCGGUAUAUCGUUGUGCUGUAUCACAUGCCCGCAAGGCUCGCCGCGAAAGCAGAUCUCGCCAAACGAGAACAAGAACUGGCAGAUCUCAAGGCCUUCCACAACAUUGCAGACGAGGCAUGA